GAUUCAUAAAUACAGGAGAUUCAUUGAUAGGGAAAUUUGGCACUCAAGAAUCUUCUGCAACUUCAAUUUUUGAUGAUACUUCAUAUAAUGUAGAUGAAAAUAAUAGAAAAAGCAACAUCAAAGAUGAAAUUUCUUUUGGAAUGGAAGUAAAAUCCUUGCUACAAGAGAAAGAAG